CAGUGUUCGGAAAUUUGCCGCUGUUUGCCGCUCGUUGAGCAUCGGUGAAAGGAAAAUUGAAGUUGUGCUCGCCCAUCUCUUUCCCGUGCUGUUUCGUUUUCGCUCAAUAUCCAAACUACCCGAUAAUAAUAAACACGCUCUAACUUUUCUAUGAUUUUAAUCGGCGUAUGAUGUCAGUGUUUGUUGGUGUGUACGGUCGUACGUGUGCGUAGCGUGUUUUAUCCCAGUGCCAGUGUGUUAAAUCCGUUGCAACAGCAGAGGGAAAAUUCGGGUGGAAAACUAAAGUGUAUCCAGUACUGCUUGGUGUUUUGGUACCACAAAUCAUAAGUCGUUUUCCGUCCAGCAGAAACAUACAAAUAAUACGGGGAGGAACGAGCAAUUAAAAACGGAAAGAAAAAUCUUCCACCACCGGAAACAGAGCGGGUUGAAUCUCACACGCGUGUUUUUUUGUUGCUCUUGUUUUCGCUUAACGUUGUCUUCUGCUUUUUAAGCGCAUUUAAAACUCCAACACAAACACAAUGCCAAUACAAGAGGAAUGUACGGUAAUACCGGAUGUACCACGUGGACCGCUGGGUGAUUAUCGUUCGAAGGCUCAGUUUAACUGGAAAGAAUUUCGGCUAGUGCUAGAGGAUAAAGAGUUGGUAAAAAUGAAAUACGACAUAUGGCGUCGAUUGGAAUCGGAACCACUGUUCUCACCGGUUACGGCCACACUUUCGGUGGAUCAGCAGAAAGAACGUGCAGCACGUCAGGUCAAUCGUAUCGCAGAUCUAGAGCUUGCACCACCGGAAAUCUACUCGAAACCGUACAAAUAUCGGGUGCGUUAUCUGAUGAGCAUUAACGAAGCGCUUCAUGCCGUGUGUCCAAGUCUUUCGGUCAAGAUUGCACUCGGUGUAGGGCUAUUUACGAACUCGCUGCUGGCGAUGGGUACCGAACGCCAUCAGGACAUUUACAAUAAAGCGUGGAACCGGGAGAUCAUUACAUGUCUAGCGAUCACGGAGGUAUCACACGGUAGCAACACGAAACGGUGUCGCACAACUGCUACUUACGAUCCGGCCACGCAAGAGUUCAUUAUUCACACGCCCGAUUUUGAGGCGGCUAAAUGUUGGAUCGGCAAUUUGGGUAAAACUGCCUCCAUUGCAUUGCUGUUUGCCAUUCUCUAUACUGCCGAUGGGGAGAAUCAUGGACUGCAGGGCUUUCUGGUACCGAUACGCGACCCGAAAACAUUGCUGCCCUAUCCGGGCGUGACGGUGGGCGAUAUUGGGGAAAAGAUCGGUCUAAAUGGAAUCGACAAUGGAUUUGUGAUGUUUAACAACUAUCGUAUUCCGCGUGAAAAUUUACUAAACCGCACGGGCGAUGUAACGCCCGAGGGUGUGUACGAGAGUACGUUCAGCGAACCGGGUAAAAUUCUUGGUGCGGUGUUGGAAUCUUUCUCCGCCGGACGGUUGGGUAUUAUGCAGGAAUCGUCCAACACGUUGUCACAUGCGGCCGUCAUUGCGGUAAGGUAUGCUGCGCUAAGGAAACAGUUUGGAACGGAUCGGAAUGGACCGGAACAAUCGAUCAUCGAGUAUCAGUUGCAUCAAUGGCGUAUCUUUCCCUAUCUGGCUGCUGCCUGCGUACUUAAGGUGUCGGUGUUCGCCAUGACCGAGAUCUAUCUGGAGACGGUACAGAAAUCUCAAGCCGAAUCGAACGGAUUCGAACUGCUAACCCAGAUCGUAUCUGAAAUACACGCCCUAGUCUCAUCGUCAAAGCCACUCGUAACGUGGACGGCUCGUGAUGCGAUUCAAGAAUCGCGCGAAGCUUGCGGCGGUCACGGUUAUCUGCGGGCGGCAAAUUUAGGUGAAUUGCGCAACAAUCACGAUCCCAGCUGUACUUACGAAGGGGACAAUAAUGUGCUUGGCCAGCAAGCCUCCAACUGGCUCAUCCGGCAGUGGAAAAAUGCGAAAGUGGAGAGUCCGGUCGGAACGGCUACCUUCAUCACACGCAGGGAUGCAAUAUUGAACAGUGAUUUUGAGGCUCUAGUGCGUAAGGGAGUUCACAUCGAAAGUUCGGACUUCGUUAGUCAGUGUUAUGAAUGGCUUAUGUGCUGGUUGCUUAAAGAAAGUGUUGCAAAGAUGGAAGAAGCUAACAAGGUUGGUCUGGACACGUUUACGGCACGUAACAACUGUCAGGUAUAUCGGGCGCGAGAUUUAAGUCGUGCGUACGCAGAGUACUACGCAUUGGAGAGUUUCAGAUCCCGAUGUGCUCGAGGUGACGUUAAAGAGGAACUGCGUCCGGUACUUUUCCGUGUGUAUCUACUGUACGGUAUGUGGUGUCUCGAUCGACACAUGACCACCUUCUACGCUGGUUCCUUUGCCAAGGGUUCACAGUUUGCGGACGCGGUACGUGGUACCCUUUUGCGAAUGUGUGGCGACCUGAAGGAUUCGGCCGUGGCCAUUGCUGAUGCACUGGCUCCACCGGACUGGGUACUGAACUCGGUGAUCGCCAAGUCCGAUGGCCGGUUGUACGAGAAUAUUCAAUCGGUAUUUAUGACCAAUCCGGGAGCGCUCGAGCGAGCCACCUGGUGGAAGGACGUGAUACCAUCUAAGCUGAAGAGUAAACUGUAGAGCGUUUGAAGGAGAAGGAGAGAUACGCGUGCGUGCGUGUGUGCAAGGAAACGGAACAGGAAUCAGACAGGGUUAGAGGCUGAUCGAUGAGGUUUUCAUCAUCGAUGCAACUUCAGAAAGGCAAAAUAUUUUACGGGUUUUUUGUUGUUGUUGUAUGUUUUAAAGAGUAUGUGUUUUUACCUAUUUUUUUUUGUAUUGCUCGAUCAGGACGAGCUAUUAUCGUGGUAUUGUAUAAUGAAAACACACACACACACACACACACACACACACACACACACACACACACACACACACACACACACACACAAACAGUAUAAGUGCAAUCCGGACGUGACGUUCUUUAAAGCAAAUGAACCACCGUCGUCUUGCGUAUCUCGUGUAUUACGCGUUCGAAGGUAUAAAACGAAACGAAAAGUGUAAACUCCGUAUGUAGAUGUUUCUUCCUGUUAAUCGUGUUUUUAUGCUGUAUGUGAAAAUUAAAAUCACGCAAUUGUACACACAUUUGCGUGCAGUAUUAAAUUGUGUGUGUUGGCGUAUAAGAUGUCCUUUAAGAAGCACGUAUAUGUUCAUUUCGUUCGUCAUUGAUGUUGGUAUAUCGAUCGACAGUUGAUCGAUUGCGUACUUAGUUGUUAGUAAACAAUCCCUCAGUACUCAGUAUCAUGUUCCUCUCUCUCUCUCUUUUGCUGUUAGUAGUCGCGGUUAAACCGAUAAAAACACGCGUUCAUGGUCUCGUUUAAUUCAUUUGUUCCCUUGUUUUUCUGUUCUAAACUAUUUUGAUGUAAUCUCUUGGGCGUUAAGUUUACCCUUUAAAAUUAGAGACCUCUCAAAAAGGUCUCACCAGCAGGACAAAUCAAUUCGUGAAAAGAAAAUGUGUCUUAUCUAUAUUCCUAUAUCUACAUCUCGAGAAAUAGUCAAAAUCAGCCUAGCUAGAGAAUGUGUAACAAAGGUAUUGAAACACACAAAAAAAAACAUAAUGAUCUUUAGAGUGGAUGUGCAUUUAUGAGCCAUGUAGUCGUGGUGUUUAGUGAUCCAACAGUUCGUGUUAUCCUGUAGGUACUUUGCAAAUGUUUGUUGGACGCGUUCCUCGAAAGCUGUUCUUUGGCACAUCCUCUGGCUCUGGGUUGAUUUGUCUUUCUACUGCUGUCGUUCAGAACGAUCUGUUGAUCCCGAGGUAUUUUACAUAAUUAAACCCACCCAAUUGGUGUACGUAAGAGGUCGUAAGAGGUAAGAGACCGCGAUGAAUAAUAAUAGUAUAUGUGAUGAUUUAUAUAUGGAUCCCAUUCUCUUGGAUGUAAUCAAAUGUGCACCAUUUACCGUCGAUGUAUGUAAUACACACUGUUUCGAGCGUUAGAAAAUUACAUUACAAUUCUGAUCACAUCAUCGAUAACAUCACCGAGGACAGGAAAUUGUACGAAUGAACGGAAAAUGGAAGUUUUUAGAAGGAAAGUUGAUUUUUGCGAUUACAGUGUGUCAUGUAUGUUUGAGGGGCCGACAAUGAAAAACAGGAAAGUUAGGGUGAGGUAGUGAAAGGUGCCACACGUUGUGCGUAGGAAAUGUUUAUCUACAUACGAAAUAUAUAUAUAUAUACAUUCUUAUAUACACCAACCACUACACAUAGAUGGAAAACAAACGAAUACAUGCAAUAAACGCGCGUUUCUUGAACGCAUCCUUGA